AUGUUGCUACAGGUCAGUGAACGUCGUUAUACAUAUAAUAUUAUAUUAUUUUUUAUACAUUUUUUUUUUUUUUUUUCAAAUUUCAAUCGAAUUUUAUUAUUAAGUAUUACUAUAGUAUCUACAUUGUAUAAUGGCUUGUCGGUUUCGAAACCGAACAACACGUACUACAAUAAUUGUAUACACGGGUAUAUGGUUUUAAAAAUGCGAUUUGUCACAUUGUAUUUACGUACCUAGUACAGCCGAAUCAUCAAAAUUGCACGAAAAACGCGAGAAAAAUGUACAUAGAUACACAUUAACGAAAAAAAGUUGAUUUUAAUUAUUUUCACGACAACGCACUUUGAUUUUAUAAUACUGCAAACGUUUCACUAUUUACGCGAAUUUAUCUCCGAAAUCGCGGAAACGCAGGCACCUCCUUAUAAUGCGCACAGUGUAUAUUAUUAAUUAUUCAAUUGUAAUUUAUCAACAUAAACGGUGCUCGCAUUUCGACAAACGAGAUUUCGAUAAAUUCGUAUACUUACAUCAUUGUCGUAACUAGACGUGACGUAUAUUUUUUUUAUAAACACGGGUAAAUCUUAUUACGGUUUUAUUUUUCUACAACAAGCCGCUGUAAAGAAAAUAUAUAUAUGCAUAUGAAAUUAGAAAUUACUUUGGGUUAUAAAAUAUAAUGCGCGCGUUAUUUAGUUAUAAUCGUUUUCUGAUUCUCACUUUAUUAUUAAUUAUUCAGUUAUAAUUAUCAAGUAAAUUAAUUUUAAAUUGAGGCGUCGAACAAUCAUUUUUGUUGUUGUUAAUGUGAGAAAAAAAGUAUACACGAGAACUUUGGUGUGUAUCACUGUUCGUGGUAUAAAAAAAAAUGUUCGAGGUAUAUUUUACAAUUAUUUCGUCUUUUUUUCAUAAAAAAAAAAAAAAAAAAAAAAGUUUCGGAUAUUAUAAUAAUUAAUGGAUUAUAUAUUAUAAUUAUGUUGCUGAGAAAUGUGAAUGUAUAACAUGGAAACUAGUCAUUUUGAGUAGAUUUCUUAUAAAAAAAAAAUCAUUCUUUACAGUGCGUUCGAUUAAACACUUCCCACACUCAAACAUUCAAAUUCGUUUCUUUUUUUCUUUUUUAAUUAGAUUCCUUAUUUUUAGAAAAAAGAAAAGCCCGAUUUUUAAAUGUUCAUUUCUUCACGGGACAGUGAUGUUUUUUUUUAUUGUAUUGAUUUAUGAUUUGUCCGAUCAUCGUGUUACAAAAGGAGGCGUACAAUUGUUGUUGGAUAACUACGUGUAUGAUAUUUUCGCGAUUUAUUUAUAUUUCAAAUUCAAAGUGAACACUGAAUUUACCGAAAUAUGGCCAGUCUGUGUGACAAACAUUUACUUGACCUAACGCAGGCUUUCUAUGCUUUUUAAUUUUUUUUUCUUUUCAUACAAUAUAAUAGUUAUCACAAUAUUGUUUUUUAGUAAUUUAUUAUAUUAAUGAAUAUUGAGUCAGAGUUGCCUUGUAUAGGUUUUUAGGUAGACUUAAUAUACCUAGGAAAACAAAAUCUACCAACCAAUGUAGUAUUUCUUUCUACAAUAUUAAGUUUUAGCGGUAGGCUGCUAGUUUGAUUAUAGUGUAGUGAUUAGGUUUGAGAUAAUAACAAUCCAAUUUGAUUUCCCUUCUAUUUUGAGUUUUUCGUUUUAUUCGUUAGUACUUCGUUACUUACGCUACAAUUUGUUUUAUCUCGUAAUUACAUAGGUAUAUCGUAUACCCGUAUCAUAAGGUACGGUAUAUUUUAUUCACGAACAGUACAUUGAUUGAAACUUGAAAUACACUAUAACUACCUAUUUUAUAUUUUACGAUUUAUAUCGUAAUCGAUGGGUUUUGUGCAAUAAUAACCAGAGAGCACUACUUUUCAGCGAAAUUCAUGUUUUGAUUGUUUCCAAUAGUGAAAAUUAUUAUUAUUGUACUUUCUAUGAUGUUGCAAUCAGACGAAUUUAAUUAUCAUAGAAGUUAUAACGCAAAUUUAGGGGUGGAUUAAGAUAACAUUUUAGGCCAAAAUAUUAUUGUUGGAAUACCUAAAUCACUCUAGACGUGAUAAUAUUUUCAAAAUAUUCUGGUGUUUUAGAACCUAUCCUUAUUUUUCCUGGUCAAUCGUCAGUCUAAUGUACGUAAAUUAAUUUUGGAAUCAAUUUUCUUACAGACAAAAUAUUUGCAAACUUUUUUUUUCCUGAAAACGUUUGAAUAAUGGAGCUGUCUGCAGGUUAUUGCGUAAAACCCUGCAAUUUAUUAACGACGUUUUGUUUAUAAAAUCCAACGAGAGAUGAAAGUUCUUUGUAUUUAGUUACCGAAUUCGUUAAAACGAAAAUAAUUGGUUUAUUAUUAUUUUUUAAAUUUAAUAUUUUUUCUUUUUAUUUUAUCAAAUUUUUUUAAAUAUCUUUAAGUCUCAUUGUAAGAACUCGUAUGAAACUUCAUAUGAAGGCUUGAGUCCUGAUUAUUUUUGUUUACACACAUUCUUACAUAUAUAGAUUCAUUGAAAAUAUUGACAAAGAUUUUAAUUAUAAAAUUUCGGUUAGUGUAGGGUUAGUGAGAAAAAAAAACUCUACCACAAAGUUCAAAUUCCUAAUCUAUUAGACAAACGUUUUUCAAUUAUAAACUGUCGUAUAUAAAUUGUCCAGUAUUAGUAUAUUAUAGUAUUAGAAUGGAAAAAUAAUAGUCGAGUCCGAACACCCGACAGCGAGAUGUAUUUAUGAUUUAUUUAUUUUUUGACGGAUGAAAGUUUUUUUUCCAUAGUAUACCAGUCGACUGUUAAGGUAAUUACCAUGACAUUAUCUUUUUAUUUUUAUUUUUUUAUUGACAAUAAAAAAAUAAACUCCAUUAUGUAAAAUACUAAGUUUGAAGUACCUAUAUAUCUGUUAGUAGUAAAUACAUAUUAUAUUUACGCGCAAUGAGCCGAAAACGAUAAUAAUUAUUCGGACAAAAUUCGUAAAAGUUAUUCUUGACUGUAUUCGUAUAAAUCGUUCUAAAAGUCGUGAGAUUAUAAUAUUACAAUAGUCGUAAAUCUUUAUUGUGGGAAAUCUCCUGUCAAUAUAAAUUGUUAAAAACUAUUUAGGAAGCCUACUCUACGAGAGAGCUAAGUUGUCGGUUUCUUAGCGUAUUUUAAACAGUAAACUUUAGUUCCAUAUUAUUCAAUUUUGAAUAAAAUAGUAUUUUACACUCGUGCGUAAAAACCUAAGCAAAUUCAAAAUGUUAAUUUGCAAAUAACUGACCGUUGAUUUUUAAAUCCUGUAAACACUACUUACAUUAUUGUUUUAUAAUGUUUUUAAUUUCGGCUAGUACGGAUGUAUAUGAUUAAUACCCAUGUAUUUAAAUAAUAAAUAAUGAUAAUAAUAUAACGAAUUUACCAUUAGAUUAAUAAUAAUAAUAACAAUGUCACGAUUUAUACAUGAUAAUAUCUUAUUGUCUACCGAAUCAACAACCAUAACUGUACACUGGUACCUACGGGCACAACGGAGAUAUAAACAUUUAUGUUUGAUUUUAAAUUAUAAUUUAAUAUUAACACCGUAACAAAUCUAUUAGGCAAAUGACCGUGCGCUGAAAAUACUGUAUUUGUUUAUACAUAAACAACGGAUAAUUUUUUUUCUACGGUAAUAAUAAUGAGUGGAUAUAAUGUUAUGCAGGAAACGACAAUCGGAUCCGAAAGUUCAAAUCCCGUAAAUGUCCAAUAAUGCUCAUUUUUGUAUUAUUCCUCAGAUUUUCCACGGUGUUUUCGGUGAUGAUAACGUUUGGGGUCAAUAUUCUGGUAAUAUCAUUUGCACAAUAAUUUUGAAACUUAGAUCGCAUCAUAUUUCUGAGAUAAUUUUAGAUGGAUAGUCUGAAGAUCGCCUGUGAAUAUUUCGGACACAUUAUUAUUGUUUAAAGCCAUUGUGGAAAUAUCAAAUCGUUGUCUUGGAUGUAAUAGGUGCACCUAUCUAUAUACUAAUAUAAUCAAAAACUCGUCUGUAAUCAUCAGAUCGUAAUAUAAUUAUUAUGUUUUAGAAAAUAUAUUUGUCAUGGUUUUUUUUUUUGUACAACAAUGCUAAUUAAUUAUUAACCUUUUAUGUAAAUUUGACAUCAUUAUAAUUAUAAAUUAUUCAUGGACGAUGAUCAUGAUGGGCAUACAAUGUUAUUUAAAUACAAUUCUCUCUCCGCAAUGUUUAUGGAUACUAGUAUAUUGCAGUUACAUAAUUGUUAUUAAAGGUUCCGUUUAUAUCUUUGUGGACAUCGAAACACCGGUACCAUUAAUGUUUUAAACAACGGUAAUAUUAUCAAAUUAACUCAUUGUUUGUUAAUAUUCCAACAUUUCAAUAUUUAUUGUACCUAAUAUUUAAUUAAAAUUAAUAUUGUAUUUGUUAUGUAAGAGUACUUGGAUUACCUGAUUUGGCUUUUUAUCUUUUUAUUAAAUUAUCAAAAAAGUCUUCAGUUACGAAAAGUGGGUAUAUAGUCCACCUUCGCCGGACUAAAAGUGUUCUAUUGUGAAGUUUUAAUAGUGUAAAUAAUAGUGAUAAUUACAAUUAUAAUGGUUUUCUUAUCCGUGACAAACGACCUAUCAUCAGUAUCACCAAGGCCACCCUCGAACAAACAAAAAUAAAUAAGCAAUUAGAUAUCCGUACCAAAUACACCCAAAAACCCCUAUUCUACCCCCUUAGCGGUUGAAUUUUCAAAGAUCCUGUCUUAGCCGGUGCCCACGUCAUAAAAUAGCUAUCUGUGCGUGCCGAAUUUCAGCUCGAUCCGUCCAGUAGUUUGGGCUAGGCGAUGAUGAAUCGGCCAGGACAAGUCAUUUUAUGUAUGCGAUGUAUACAGUUCGGUUAUAAAUAUCGGUUAUCGUUUCCUACGCUGGUGCGCCCGAGGCGAAUACUAUUACAGUAAUAAAAAAAAAAAAAUACAACGAUUUUCCGUUUCACAAUCAUAAAUCACCCGCACUGUGACGCCGUCGAUAAUAUUAUACUAGACGACGUGACCGCGCGUAUAUCCGUUGUUAGGGACGGUAAAAAACUCUUUUCACGUUCCUCGUUUACUCGUCGGUCCGACGUUAUUGUGCAACGCGCGAGAACAUUCUGCUGUCGGGAAGUUUAUGGGCGGUCGCCAACGUCGCGGAAUAAUGCAUUUUAUGUCCACAGUCGAAACCGUACACAACCGCCGUAGCUUGUUAUUGUUUAACAAUAAUUUCGAUUUGAAAACCACACUCGCGAGGUCGUGUCGGCACGAUACGGCGACAGCGUAUACGCGUGGGUCCGAUCAAAGUCCCGCCGUGCGUAAUAAUUGUGAUUCAAAACGCGUCGUAUCAGAUAAAUUAUACAUUAUUGCCGGUAGAAAAUUAGCUCGACGAUUAUAACGGUAUAAAGGUAGAAAAAAAAAAAAAAACAAACAAACCGACCAUAUUUCGCACGAUGGACGGGCCACUGUUGUAGGUGUGAAUGUUGGGGGGAUGUACAGAGGACAUUCAACGCACGUCUGUAAAUGCAACGAUUUAUUGUUGCUAACGAAAAACGAUUCUGAGCGGAGUAUGGUAAUACGUGUUUUGAUAGGUAGUAAUAUUAAUUAUUUUUAAUUAAGGGAGAUUUCUUUUUAGAAAAAGUGCUACGGUUGAAAAUAAUCUGAGCAAAAUUUCAGGUAGAAAACUUGUUUACAGGAAAAAAAAAAUUAAAACAACAAACGUCAUUGUAAAACCAAUACAUUUCGCUACGAUCAGAAUCUGAAAACUGUAUACUUAAUAUAAUAUUACGCGUGCGACGUUUGCAAAUUAAUAUUUAAUGUGUGAAAGCGGUAUCAAACGAGUAAGAAUAAUUUUUAGCGAUUUUUAGUACAAAAAAAAAAAAAAAAUAAUAAAUAAAAAUUGGUAAUUUAUUUGUGGUCCGCAGUUCUCAUAUAAUCAUUUUUUUUUCAAGCCCGGACCAGACGUAAAGACUGGUAUUUUUUUUCGAUAAUUUUCUGAACCCGAUUAUCAUCAUAUACUGGUAAUAGCACUCAAUCUGAGGACAAAUUUUCAAAUUUGUUUUAUAAAUUUCCGGUUUCUGCGGAGCCGGUUUUACCGCGUUCCAAAAAAAAAAAAAACGAAUGUACGAUUAUACGUAAUCGAUUUAUUGAUGUGAUUGCUAAAAUGCAAAUAAUCGAAUAUUCUGAAACGAAAUUCUCCCUAGAGGAGAGAUGCUGUUGUAUCGAACAUCGACGACGAUGGAUUUUCAUUGGUUUUAUCGAUGUUCUUAUUAAUUGGCAAACCGACAGAUGUUUCGUCUCGGUUUACCGGUUCGACAAUAGAACGCGGGCAUUUGCGCAAUCUUUCUUAAAGGCAUCUCGUUAAGAAUAACACCGCGAAAUCGAUCCACGUACAGUGAAGUAAUAUGUCAUAACGCUCGACGCAUCGCAUAUUAUUACAGUAAGUUUUUCGCGCGCAACAACAAAGAAACAAUGUAUUAAUAUCGCGUAGUUAAUCAAUUAAAAUAUUCGGAAGAAAAAAUGUAACAAAAAAAAAAAAAAAAUAUUACGGAAAGUCAAUACCGGACUGUAACGUCGCGUGGGCAACUCGAUUGUAUUUCCGCACAUGCCGUCGGUUACAAGUAAAAAGGAUGCGAAACGCGAACGGUCGCGGUAAAAAACGCCCGUGAACAGCUGCAGAGUUCCGUCACUAGAGUCUAUACCCUAGAGUCGUUUCAAUUUUGUUUACAACGGCGACGUAAAAACAAUUACGGUUUCCGGAGCUUUAUUAAAUUUUAGCCCGAGUACAUAGGGGUGCGCGAAACCCGGUAUUUCCCGCGAGACCACGCAAUUAGAUCAUAAAAACGGUCGGAGAGUGGGUUGAAAGUUUAAGCCCCUUGACGCGUCAUACACAACGUUUUAUCCCGUCGACAUUAUUUGGCCUGUAGCGGUAUACAAGUUAAAAAAAAAAAAAAAAAAAAAAAAAAAAAAACACUCCUCCGAAAACAACACGGUGAAAUUCAAAUUUAAAUGAAACUAAUGAUGUUAUCGUAAUAAAUCCGCCUAUAUGAAAAAAAAAAAAACACUAAUACCGAGCGUGAGCUCGUUCAGUCCGGAGGGACGCGUUAAAAGUGUCAAACAGUAACGGGAAAAAGAUAUACAUGAAGAGAUACGUUACGCCCUCGACGGUGAAUUUGCAAAAUUCAUGAAAUAACGUAAUAAUUAUAUUUUUUGUUAAUUUUGUGCCGUUAGUUUUAACACUGCAGUGUAUUCGCCUGUUAUCACGCCCAAAGGCGAGGACACUGUGAAUAAUAAUUGUGCGCAGGUUUCUGCUCGACGGGUUUAAUUUUCAAGCAAGUUUCGGCGAUUAUUAAAUUGUAAAACACGACAAUAUUCGGAACUCUCUUCAAAAUCAAAAUAUCGAAAAUAAAAUAAAAACCCACCCACGUACGAAUGUAGAAAAUCGUCUUACCUUCAGGUUUCACAAUACAGACGAGUACACUGUAAUGUCAAAACUCGCAGCGCAAAAUGAACGGCGCGUCGCACGCCGAUAGGGCGGAACGCAUAUUACAACGGAUUCGAAAACGGUGCGAUUUUCGGGGGAAAAUCCGGAGAAAAAAAAAAAAAUAAUUAGGUUUUAGUCGUAAUGUAAACGAUAAAGGAAACAAAGACGCCCCGAUCUCGACGUCCGCACAAAACGGUUUCGCCGUUCGAAUCGGUAUCCGCGUAGACGUGCCAGCAACUGUCAUAAUAAUAAUAAUAAUAAUAAUACGAUUGCCGCCAUUCGCCACGAACGAAACUAAUAUUUCGGCGCCGAAUCGAGUGGCCAACACCCAUCCGCGUUACAGUGCAAUGGAAUCGCCGACGGCGCGAAAACGUUUCGCGUAACCGCGGGCGCCUUUUGACCGCCCCGCGUCAUCGUAAACGGAAAAAAAAAAAAAAAAAUGUAUAUAUAUAUAAUAAAAAAAUAGAAAUAAAAUCGGACGGACGCGACUUUCUUCGCGAUCGAAGUAAAUAGACGUUAAACGUCUAUGAAUAACAAACAAUCGUAAUAAAUCGUCUUUGGCCGCCGCCGACGGUCGUCGGGGGGGGGGGGGGACAGGCGCGUGCCGCGGGCGACGUUCCGGUGCCGGGUGACGUUAGGCCGGGCAAUAAAAAUCGCCGCCGAACGAUAUUGCGGUAUUGCGGUACAGCGCCUGAUGUGCCGCGAUAACCGCCGUAUAAUAAUAAUUAUUCCGGAAUUCUCGACCGGAGAAGAUCCUCGCGGCGAAUCGAUAUCGUCGAAUGAAAGUAGUCGGAUAUUGCACGGUAUACCUUAUACGUUAUUAUGCACACGCAUUUUUUUUUUUUUUUUCUACAUACGUACGCCGCCGAUGCGCACAUUGUGUCGACGAGAGCGCUCGGAUAUUACUCCGUGUUAUUGUAACGCCGUGUAAAAUCCGAACACGCGGCACGGAAACAAUGCGAAAUGCCCGCGCGCUCGUGAGAGUUUGUGCGACGGCGAUCCUAUCGCGCAGCCUCGUAAUAAAAUAAACGUUCGGAACGAUAUGGGUAGGCAUGUUGUGCCGGCGGGAUGAAAAAUCGCCGGUCUAAGGAAAACGCACGCUGUCAGAGCAAUCGGACGCUAAAUGCGAACUCCUAAACAGCAUUUUCUCCUCGUAUUCGUGACCUGCCAUUUUUUUUAAAAAAAAAACGCAAAAACCGUUCUACCGGUUGUCGUUCUGGUCAAGGUGUACGAAUUAGAGACGUGUUUUUACGGCAAAUGAGACCCGGUUUCACUCAGACGUACGCAAAUGAAACGGCAAUUGGUCUCUAGCGUAAUGUCGUCCGGGAAUUUUUUUUAUUAAAUGGGGGAGGAGGGGGGGAUUAUUAUACUUGAUAAUAUUGUAUUAAACAAUGUUUAAAAUAACAACUCGAGACAUUCCGAUAGUAUAAUUUACCGUAUAAUACGUGUUAUACGCGGAAGGAUAAACGACGGGAGAUGGUCGCCGCCGACAAUUGAUCUGAUCGAUCGGCUUACCCCCCCUCCCCCUCCCACCAAUCGGUCGUCUCCUUAAAAUAUUAUAAAUUCCUCGACGAUCCGCAAAACAGGGCUCGCCACGUCCUCCGUUUUAACGGGGCACCCCGGGCACGCAGCCUAUUUCCGGCCAAUUGGUCUAUCAGGCCCUGAUCGCCGAAAGACGAGGGGCGACGGAGGUGCCGGACGUCGGAGAACGGCGGAGUUCGGAAUCGGGACGCGGGAGAGACGAUACGUGGGCGCGCGGGCGUACUACGGCGGCGGUUGCGUACCGGCGCGCGGUGACGGCGAACAGACGCACGCGUGGGACCGGAGAGACGGACGGGAAGACGGUUCGCACGUCCGUCGGGCGUUUAACGCCGUGCAAUAAUAUCAAUGCGGUCGUAUUAGUGUUACUGUUGAACGGAGACGAGAACGCGGGGGCGACGUUACGUGACGCGCGGUUUCGGUGGACGCGGUAGCGUGCGACCGACGACCGGGUUACGACGGGCGCGAGACCGCGGCGAAAGGUCAGGCACCGGUCGGCGUACGCGACCGGUUUUCCCGUCCUUUUUUUUUUUUUUCUUUUCUACACAUGGCGGCGCGGAAUCGCUCGUCGAAAACCGUUUUUUUUUUCGUGAUACACCUCCGUCCGCGGAGGAGAGAGACAGAGAGAGGGAGAGAGAGAGAGAGAGAGAGAAAAACCCGCGUAAAUUACCAGGGCCGGGCGCAUAUUAUUAUUAUAUUCUAUUCUAUUUUUUUUUUUCAUUAUUAUUAUUUCUCGCCGCGUGCAGACGCAUUAGUCUCGGCGACCGCAAAACGCAUGUCUCAAAGAUAAAUAAUAUUAUUAUGACGUUAAGUGCCGCGCCGUCCGUCCGCGGCGUUUAUUACUGUUAUUAUUACAAAUCGGAAUUACAGUGCGUUACAUCGGAAAUACGAAGCAGUAGGUACCCGAGAGCACCGGGCCCAACCCAAACAACACUUUCACUCCGGCGCGUUCGGCCGCCGCGCGGGUCGGACUCGUACCCGCGACACCGUCGUCGGGGGUCAACGGUUCGCGACUCGAUCAUAUUCCACAAACGAUCACCGUGUAAACAAAGCGAAAAGCGAGUUGUGCGGAAACCGCAUAACGCGUGCGCGGAUUUCUCCGGAGCUUGGGCGCGCGUACGCAUAGCGACGGUGUAAAAAAAAUCGCAUCCAUCAGACUGCAGACGCGGCCGCGCGAACGAUGGAAAGCGCGCCGGCCGCAGCUUCUAUUGCGACUGCGGCGCACGUCUGCCAUUUCGAAACGAACGCCGUACCUGUAUUUGUUUCGUCCGCCCGUUCCUCGCGUUUUGAAUCCGCGACCGAAAUUAUACCGCGCGGCUUUCGGCGUCCAACGCCUGACGCCGUCGCGUCCAUAGGUAUUGAAGUAUUACCGCCUGUUCCGAACCACAAUCCCGGCGGCAUCGUUUCAAACCGACAGUGAGACGUUGCCGGUCGCAUCGGCAGAUCGCGCCCUGUGACGAGAACGGAUACGUUCACAACACGUCGGGAUAGUCUAGGGCUGUAACUUUACUGUGUACGCCGCGUUUUGUCGCAAACUGUGUGGGUUUGAUAAUUACAAAAAAAAUAAUAGAAAUAAUAGGACAUGUUUCUCGCUUGAUAUUUUAUUUAAUUCGUAUCGUAUACAACAAUAAGACACCGACCCACGCAGCAACGGUCAGAUAAAGUCACAAAGGAUCUAACAAUAGGAUAGAAAUGAAAAAUUACCAGAAGGUUGCGCUUGACAGUGAAAGACGGCGGGAAGAGUGUGAUUUAGAGAGCGACGUAUCAUCAUCACUCCCCUUGAGUACGCCGUUGAAUUAUUUUCACGUCUUUAGAGAUUAAGACGCCCCUUCGAAAUGUGGCAUUCGGGGCCAACGGUCUUGCCCCCCUAUAAUCAGCUAAAUACGUCUCUGACUACGUGUAUUAUUAAAUACGCUUUCUGACAUUGAAAACUUUACUAAAUUUCAAUAAAUCGAAUAACUAUUCGCAUAAUUUUGAAUUUUAGCUUUUGACUUUUGGGACCUUUUAAUGGCCGGUUCCCCCGCGCGGAUUGCACGUGUUUUACACGUUCUUUUGUUGCGGCAACGAUUCGGGAUAGACGGACGGUAUUUAAAAAUAUGUUUAAUCAAAAAAAUCACGAAGAUAACUUUUCGCGAAAAGAUCGAUUUCACAAAGCGGUUAUACGACAUGUGCGUACGUAGACGUAUGGCACGUAGUAGGUACCUGCAGUAGUCGUUUUCGUGCACAGUGAUUAUUUUUUUUAUUACUCAUCGUUAAAACGUAUACUAUGUAUGUUCUAUCGGAUGUAAUUUCAUUAUAUUCGACGGCGCGCGCACGCGAUUCGCGGUGUACAGACGUCGCAUUAAAAUAUUAGGCAGAUCGUGAUUCGAAUGUCUAAGCAAUGUGAAAAUAAUUUUUUAAACGAUGGGCAGUGUACACGAUAUUAUGAUAGCUGUAUACGUUCAUAAUUAUAUAAUAUAUUUUUUUUUUUUAUGAAACGUAGGUGUUACUUUACUUUCCAUUACUAUAAUUUUGGCGUUAUUAUUAUAUUAUAGUCGUUAUACGGGUACCGCGGCAGUGUGACGAGUAACGAUAACAAUGACGGGGCUUGUAGUAUUUAAUAUCGUAAAAAUUUAAUUCCGUUUUUACUAUAGGUAUUUCUAUAAUAGUAAAAAAACGUUUCUCACGCAUUAAAAAAAUAAUAAUAAUAAUAAAUGAUAUAAACUGUAAAAUAUUUUAAUAUUAUGCAUUAAUACGAAUUAAUUUCAUAGUUAAAAAUAAUACACUUAUUUGCCUGUUUUCAUGGGAUAAUCAUGCGUGUCUUUGUAUAAUAUUAAAUGUUCGCAAAUAAAGUUUUUUUUUUUUACGUCUUACGAGCUUGCUUAAUUUUGUUUUUUAAGGAUAUUAACCAAUAUAAAAACUUCAAUAAAAUAUUUUCAAAUAAUCGGCAAUACUGCAAUCUAAAAGAUAAAAAGGACGGAUAUACUUCGCACCACGGGUGAGCCACUGUUGUAGAUGAGAAGUUGGGAAGGUAGGAUAUAGAUGGGGAUUUAUAUCUGAACAGAUCGAUUAAUUAUUGCUAACGAAAAACGAUUCUGAGUGGAGCUCGGUUAAUAAUAUUGCUUUUUCAACAAAUGUGCGUUUUUCACAACGAUAACAAUUGUUUAAGAACAAUUAAAAGAUUAUAAUAAUAAAAACUGAAUACUAUCAAAAAACAAAUAAAAACGGUUGUCAAUCUCUGUAGAACAAAUUUUCUUCUUUACCUCGAAUAUUAAUGAGAACUUCAAAAAAUGAUCUGUCUAAAAGUACUAGCUAGAACCGAAAUGUAACGAAAAUGGUCUCUUGUCAUGUUUUGAUUAGAGGAUUGGAGUAAGAUAUCUAGCAGAAAUUUUGCACACAGUAUAAAAAAAUAAAAUGAACACCGUUGUAAAAUCCAUAGGUAAACUUCGUUCAGAGUCUAAAAUUAUUAUAAUAUUUUGGAAAAAAAAAAAUCCGACAGUAAUAUUAUGUCCGCGUUGUCCAUAAGAUAAAACCGAUUAAUUUAUUUUCGAAUAGAUACAUUAUGUGUUUGUGUAAGACGAUAUACUGCUUGGUACUGUAUUGAUAUACUAUGAAUUUCUGUGUACCCGUCAGUGAUAAAAGUAAAUCUAAUAAAGCGCUUCGUUUUUUCUUUUUUCUUUUUUUUUUUGAGUAACAAUAUUAUUAAAUUUCUACUUUCAAUUUUCGCGUACUCGCGCUACAUAAAACGAAAAUAAUGAUUACUUAUUUGUUGUUCAAAUUGAAUUUAUUACAUUAGUACUCAGUUCAUUGAUCAAUAAUAAUAAUAAUACGCUCGCCGAUAGUUUCUCUAAUUUAAAAACUACAACGUAUAUAGUACAAAAAUAAUAAAAAAAUUAAGUCGUGCAAGUCAAUAUUUUCAAUCUUUUAUUAAACAUCGAUCGGUUUACUUUUAUUACUUCUUAUUGCGUGUAAGAGUAACUGUUAAUUAAUUUGCUAGUGGUUUUAUUGAAUUGUAUAUUACCUAAUCAAGUGUUCAUAUGAAUAGGACUUCACUAAUUGUGUAACAGUACAUACAUCACGAUUGAUUUCCGAAUAUUCCAAACAUUUAUUUAAUAAAACGCACGACUGAAAUAAAUCAUAACUAUUUUUAUAUAGUCUAUUAAUUUUUUUACAGGUAUCAUCGAUAUGCGUGAUUCUUUUAAUCGCCUGUUCUUGUUGGGCCGACCAACAACCGCAGGUGGGAACACCUUUGCUAGACGCUGGGUCUAUCAAUGACCUGGCUAAAAAACCGGUGAAAUUAGAUCCGAAAUUACGGAGAGCUUUGCUAAGAGUACUCACUCGUCUAGAGGAAGAGGACAAAGUAACCGAAGUAAAACUUGCCGAAGCUGAAUCGCACCAACAGCAACAAUUAGAGCAAGAACAACAGCAACAAAUACAGCAGCAAGAACAACAGCAACAAAUACAGCAGCAAGAACAACAACAGCGAGAACAGCAAAAUCAAAUACAAGAACAGGAACAACGAAUACAAGAAAAGCAACGACAAAUACAAGAACAGCAACAACUGCAGAAAGAACAACUACAGCGGGAACAGCAAAAUCAAAUACAAGAACAGGAACAACGAAUACAAGAAAAGCAACGACAAAUACAACAGCAACAACAACUCCAGGAACAACAGCAGCGACAACAAUUACAACAACAACAACAGCAUAAAUCACAACAAGAGCAAUUAAAACUACAACAGCAGCAAGACGAACAGCAACGUCAACAGCAAGUACAGAAACUACAACAACAACAAAGUAUUGAAUCGAUAUUGCCAACUCCAAAUUCAGCUUUACAAGUAUUGAAAUUUGAUACUGUGGCAAACUCAGUAGUGCCUACUUCAAUUUUGUUGCCCACUCCGAGUUCACCCGAACCUUUGGUAGUAAAUAAGCCCGUCGGGAUCGUUAACGAAACCGCGUCCCGAAUGAGCAAUUCCUCUUCCACGGAAACCGGUACUGAGGUGGACUUUUUCGAGGCACCAUUGUUAACUGCGUUUACGGUGCAACAAGAUUCGGCUGGUGUAGCCCGCCGUGUGAUUCCCAUUUACACCGAGCCAGGUCAACUAGAAAGGCAGAAAAUUUUGGCUUUGGAAACCAAGGCGGAAUCUGUAGACGUUGGUGACCGAAACACGGUUGAACCGGACAAGAGAGAAUUGGAAUUCCUCAAGAAUGUCGAGUUAUCGCAGCUCAGGCCAAAACAGAUACCAUUGGAUGGACUUCAACAAGAGUCGUUUGCCUUGCAAGAACAGCUGAGGUUCCAACAACAAUUGCAAGCACAACUACAGCAGAGAACGUUUUUACAACAACAACAACAACAACUACAGCAACAACAACAACUACAGCAACAGCAACAACUGCAGCAACAACAACAGCAACAACAACAACAGCAAAAACAGCUACAGCAACAGCGGCAACAACAACAGCAGCAUCAGCAGCAGCAACAGCAACAGCAGCUGCAACAAAAACAGCAGCAACAGCAACAGCAACAGCAACAGCAGAAACAACAGCAGCAGCAGCAACAACAACAGCAGCAGCAGCAGCAACAACAGCAGCAACAACAACAGCAGCAGCAACAACAGCAGCAGAGGGUGCAGCAACAACAACAACAACAACAACAACGACAACAACAACAGCAACAGCAGAGAGUCCAACAACAACAACUACGACAGCCUGCACAACAAAUUCAACUGCCACCAAUACAACAAGUGCGGUCAGUCCAGUUGCAACAACAACCCAUCCAAUUGCAACCGAUACAAUUUCAACAACAAGCACUGUUGCCACCGUUCACUCCAGUUGAACAGCAGUUUGGCAGGCCGUUCGUCCCAGUUGAACAACAACUCGGUGGACCGUUCGUCCCAGUCGAACAAAAGUUUGGCGGGCCGUUCACCCCAGUUGAACAGCAGUUUGGUCCAAUUGAACAGCAGUUCAGCCCAAUUGAACAGCAGUUCACCCCGCAACUGCAGGCGCGGAUACUAAGACAGCCACAACAGGUAUUCGGUUACGGGCUGCCCGUUCCCAAGUUGCCUGACGAUUUGGACGUCGUCUACAAGGUGUUGGCUCUGAAUCACGAGGGCAGAGACACGCAACACCUCGUCAGGCCACAGCUUCCCCUUUUUUGA